AUGGGCGGUGUUGACCGCCAUGACCAGCUCCGACUUCAGUCUUACUCCAUACAGAUGUCUUGCAGAUUCCGCAAGUACUACAAAGGCUUAUUCCUUGGACUCGUUAACAUGACACUGGUAAAUGGAUACAUCACGCACAAGUGCAACGCUGGGAAGCAGAGCAAGAAACCGUACAGCCACUACCAGUACAUGACUAUUCUGCACGAACACCUUAUUCGCGAGACCCCUAACAGUUUCACAAGAACGACCGCGAGUGAAGCAGCACCGGCUGUUGCGAACAGAUCUAUUGUUGUGACGCAUGAUCACCCAUUGGUUCAGUCUGUCGAUACUAGGGUGAACGGUGGUGUGGAGCGUGUUUGCCAGCGUCAAUGCAAAGUAUGUUCUAUCUACAAAACCAGCUACAAGAAACGAGGUGGCACAAGCACUUGCUACUGCCCCAAAUGCUCCGAAGGAAAGAGAGGCCUCGCUACUUUGUGCAACAAGGUGCGAAACUACGAGCAAACGAAGGGCUCACUUGUGGUCAAAUAUGGCACAUUACGUGGCGUAAUGGCGAGUUUGCCCCGAAGACUGGCAACGUUAGAGACCGUGGUGUAG